GGGGAGGAGGCGGCGGGGCCGGGGCCGCUGGGCCUCGCGAGGGCCGCGCUGAGGCGGAGUCGGGGGCGCUGCCGGGAGCCCGCCGAGGAGCGCGGCCUGCGCCUGGGCCCGGCCCCGGGGCGGCGGGGCUGCGGCGGGGCCCGGCUGAGGGGAAGGCGCCGGGGCCUGGGCGCGGCCCGCGGGGAAGCGGCGGCGGAACGGGGACGCGGUGCGGUGCGGUUUGGUUUUUAACGGCGCUCGGGGGGCGCUGGUGUGGCGGUGCGGGGCCGUGUUCGCCGCGACAUAACGCGUGCCGGGCCCGGGAUGCUGCUCGCCGUGGUGCUGUGCGCGGCCGUGCUGCCCCGCGCCGGGGCGGCGCCCGACGAGGAGUGGAUCGACCCCACCGACAUGCUCAACUACGAUGCGGCGGCCGGAGCCAUGAGGAGGCCCUACAAGGUAAACUAUUAUGAUUCUGAGGAUAAGACAGCGGAUGCAGUCAACACUGAAAAGUUACCAAGUUGCUUCAGGGAAGUGGAUUCCUUGCAAAAGAAGAUUGCAGAAUGCGAGAAGAGGAAUGCCAAAUCACAGGAAAGCCGGAGCUUUUAUAUUUUUAAGCGAUACUUGAAUAAGAUUCUAAAUGAAGCUGGAAAACUUGGCCUUCCUGAGGAAGACAUGGACCGUGUGCAUUAUGAUGCUGAGAUCAUCCUUACAAAACAGACGUAUUUGGAAAUCCUCAAGUUUCUCAAUGAGGAAACGUGGCAGUCAGGGGCUGUGGAUGAUGCUCUUAGUGAUAUUUUGAUCAAUUUUAAGCACCAUGAUGGUAAAGCUUGGCAUUGGAGCUUUGAAGACACUUUUGGAAUUGAUUUAUAUAAUAUGUUUAUGAUACUCUUGUGCUUAGUGUGCACUGUGAUUUUAAUAGCUACGGAGCUGUGGACACGUAUUCAUUGGUUUGUUCAGCUGAAACGUGUUUUAUUAAUAAGUUUUCUCAUCAGUUUUGCAUGGAACUGGCUUUACUUAUAUAAGCUGGCCUUCGCGCAGCACCAAGCAGAAAUUGCCAAAAUGGAGCAGUUUGAUAAUGUCUGUGCUGAGAAAUUGGACUGGAGGGACAGCCUUAUUGAAUGGCUCAGAAGUAAGUGGACGUUGCAGGACGAUCCCUGCCAGAAGUACUACGAAACGCUACUAGUGAAUCCUGUUCUGCUGGUUCCACCAACAAAGGCAUUGGCUAUUACUUUCACCAACUUUGUAACUGAGCCUUUGAAGCAUGUGGGACAAGGCAUUGGUGAAUUCAUCAAGGCGCUUAUGAAGGAGAUACCACUGCUCCUGCAGAUUCCAGUGCUAAUUAUAAUGGCUCUGGCUGUCCUGGCUUUCUGCUAUGGUGCAGGAUCGUCCGUGCCUAUGAUAAGAUAUUUAACAUCUUCUCAGAGGAAGACACUUCCUCCACCUGACAGUCAACAGGAGAAAAUAGACUUUGGGCGAUAUGAUGGGAGUACAUCAGAUGGCCGUUAUUCACAGAAGAUUCCUUACAUUUAUAGAGGACCUUAUGACAGGGGAGAUGCUCAGCUGAGACCUGGAAAUGGCAGCAGAAACCCUGACAUGUUGCGUGCAAGCAGUGAGCCAGACACGCAAGUAGAAGAGUCUCAAAAAACAGACCCUGGUAAGAGAUUGCACACCGAGUCUGAAGUCUGUAGAGUAGAAACUGCCCCAGCUACAAAUGUUACCGAAGAACGUGCACUGGAACAGCAGAAACAGCAACCAGGCAAAGCAGAACAAGACACUGGAGAAAACUGCGAUCUUAAUAAAAACCUAGAAGGAACAAGUUCCACAGGGGGUCCACUUGAAGAGGAGAAAAAGGGCAGUAUGUGCAACUCACAGGAAGGAGGAGACUGAGGAACCCGCAACCUCUGCUGUGGAGUAGAGGAUGUUGCUACUGAAGCAGCUGAGAAUCUGUUCUUCUCCUGGAAGUAGCAUCUCUGGUCAUCCAUCCUGUUACUCUGGAAUCGACUCAGCAGAUCAAAGAACCCUUCAUCUGCCAUUGUCUCGCGACUGUUUCUCUGGAGAGGAGAGAAAAAAUAGAGGUACUUUGAACUCAGAAGUACCUAAAACCAGGACAACUGCGUGGCAGUUUCAUUCCAGUAAUGUGUUUGAUAACUGAAAUCCAGUAAGCUAAUUUUUUUAGUCAUCCAUUUCUAUAGACAGUGAUUUAGCCUAAUAAGAAAUGUUAAUAUAUGACAAACGCUUCUGGAAGGUAAAUCUAUUAGAAACAUUUUGUUCUCUGAAACAUAACGAAAUAGGGCUCUUAUCAGUACAAAUGGAGUAAUUCCUCCUCAGCCAUUAACCAACCAACAACCCAAAUAUAUGCCUAUGAAAGAGAAAACAAGAACAACAACAAUGAACAAUAUCCAUUUGCUCCUUAGCUCUCUGGUCAAAAGCUCUUUUCUCUUACCAAGAUCAAAUGACUUUUUUUGUCUUAAACUGAUUUCUGUGAAGAGUGCAAUAACCUAAAAAAAUGUCAAAUAUCUUCCUGUAUCUGAAUCAGAAAAGCUAUGUUGUUUUUUUUUUUAAGUUAGGAAAAGGAGGGUCUGGGAGAAACUCUAGAUAUAAAACGUAUGUGAAAGCUGACCUGUAACUUGAGAAAAUCCACCAGGAAAAAAAAACUUUCAACAGUAGAAAAAGCUUAAAGCUGUCACCACCCAGGAGACAGAUGUAGAGUGCCAGAUUCUCCCAUCAGUUUACAGAGCCACAGUGUUUAAAUCAAGUAAACAAGUAAAAGUGAAAUGGACAGCUGCAGGACUGUGUUUUUCAUAAUUUUGGACAAACCGAGAUGAGUAAAGGCUGUCAUCUCCACAGCUCUCCAAACCUACCCUCUGAGAGUUGGGAAGACGAUGAUCAAUAGAAUUACUGGCAUCCUGCAAAACUUUGGAAGCGGUGCUGGUUUUGAACUUUUUGCCUUUUAGUCGAUUUACAAAAUGCAGUUUUGCUGAAGGUUUGGCAACGAGUGGUUUCUGUUUAGCAAGAAUCUCACUGUUCCAGUUCUGAACCUAAAAAAAAAACAAGGCUCAUGAAACUAAGCCUCCUAAUCUUGAUCACUUACGGUUACCUCUUAUUCAGUUCUUCUUUUCCUCCUCAAAAUGAAGCAGCUUUACAAUAUUUAUUUUAUCCAACCACUAGGACAGAAAAAGUUAGUUUUUAGUUCUAUUUACUUGACGUGUGGUUAUUAAUAUCUCAUUACCUGAAGCAGGUUAGUACUGUUAUUGACCAAUAUAUGGUCAAGUGGUGCAUUUAAUCAAACUUGCUGAAAUUUUCCUUGCUGACUGCAGUGCAAGAACUCUAGUUCAUGUCAACUCAAAACAUGACAUUCUUAUAAUACUAAUAACUUUUACAAAGCAUGAGUGCAAAACAAACCCCUAAGGCAAAACAAACCUAGAUAUCUAAUCAGCUUUCUGUAUAGUCCUUUACAUGCACAGAAUUCCCAGUGAAGAUUGGAGAGGAAGGGAGAGAAAAAUGCCAGCACAAGAGUAAACAGGAAUAGCUAUCUAAUUUCACUGAAUAACAGAAUGGAUAGCUUUAGCAACCUGAAAGAAUUUUCAUAAAAGAGAAUUCCCCUAAAUUCUCUUAAAAUAAAUAUUUUAUCUAUAAAAAUGAUCAUUUCAUCCAGAACUAACAAACUUCUAUAAUAUCUGCGCAAAAAAAGAAAACCUUUAAUCUUGAUCCUACAUUAGAAAGUGUGAACACAAUCACAAAUCUUUCAGCAAUACUGCCUACCCCCAUGAAAUGACUUCUAAAGCUUAUUAAAGAUCAACACACACUCCACCUCCAAGCAGAUGGUAUCCCUGUACAGUCAAACCAUAACGCUAGUGUCAUACGUUCCAUAUAUCAAAGACAUUUAUGGAAAGAGUUUUUGAAACCUACCACAUGAGUAUCUUGAAAAAAAAACUUUAUAAGAAAUAAGCUGCAAUACUAUGUUACUAGUUGAUAAUAAAAAUCCACA